AUGUCGCCAACCGCAAUACUGCGGUACUUCGACCCGACUGCGGCCACAGCCUCCAUGUUUCUCUAUGCCCAAGGUAAUUCGGUAGUCUGCUGCCACCAUGACACCCUCACCAUCGAGAGGAGGUUCUCCCGCCAUGACGACGAGGUGCAGAUCCUGGCAGUCGACAACCAAAGUGAGUUGGGGGCAGGGAGGCUAGUGGUCAGCUACGACGCAGGGCAGACCGCGAUAGUGUGGGACAUAAUGUCUGGUGAAGAGGUCGCACGCUUUGCCUCGUAUGAGCACCUGACCGUGGCCGCCUGGAUGAGGAAUGGCAAUGUUGCGUUCGGCAACACGCAGGGAAAUAUUAUCCUUUUUGAGCCGACGACAUCAGAGCACAUUUCGGCCCGGACCAUUGAUCAAAUAGCAGUGACAGCGCUGGCACCGUCAGCCGACUGCCGAACCUUUGCGAUAGGAUAUCAAAAUGGCUCGUUGCUGAUCGCGACACUUCAGCCAAGAUUCACAAUUUUGCACAACUUGACCACGUCAAGAGCGCCAUCUCCCAUCAUUUCACUGAGUUGGCAUGCCUCUUCCUCACGGCAAAAGUCGGAUAUGCUGGCUGUCCAGACAAACGAUGGUGAUCUGAGGGUCUGGAGCGUAUCCAAAGCUUACAACAGUGCGGACCCAGCAAAGGUCGUACGCAUCCUCAAAAAAUCGGAGAACUGCCUGGCUGGUCCUAACUGGAUGGGUUGGUCCAAAAAUGGAAGAAUUAUUCAACACAGCGAAUCCGAAACCCUGUCUUGGGAUGUACGGACCAAGCAUGUGACAUUUGACAAGAUCCCUACUUUGGAACACACCAAGGGACUCGCCGUCUACGGGCCAGGAGCGAGCUUGUUCACAAUCGCCGCCAACAACACCGUGCAACAGUUCGACCUCAACGCUCCCGCGAUGAUGGUGGCUAACGUUCAGCAUCCUGCUAAUUUGCUACCUCCAUCUCCGCCAGUGUCGAUCGAGGAGCAAGAAAAGGGAGCAAGCACUGCGUCCGAAUCGGAAAUGGGCUCCAUACAAAUCAGCGCAGAUAUAUCCGAGAGCGAUGAAGAUGCUGCGCCGCCAAUGGCCAGGAUCGCCAGAGCUGGAAACCUCCACCAGUCCUCGGACGAGGAUCAGUAUCGUACUGCAAGCCCGGCAUCGAGUGGCAUUUCAGAUGUAUCAUCCACCAGCUCAAGAACUCCUGGACGUUAUCAGGCGUCGCUUCGAUCUCGCGGAAUGACAGACAACACUUACAUCUCCACUGGCUCCUCAAUCCGGUCGUCGACCUUCCCACAGGAGAAGCCCAAGCGGGAAAGCUCGUCAAUGUCCACCAGUAGCCUGAGUUCUGUCUCCAUGGGAUCGUCCACAAGCCGAUCCCGACACAGGCCGUCUCGUCUGAGACACGAGAUCCCGCGAAGUCCUGAGGAUUCUAGGGUCGUGGACCUGUUCAAAUUUACGAGAACCCGUCUCAGCGAUGUCCCAUACAAGAGGCCUCCCAUGGUCGACAACAGCCGCUUGACAAACGACGAUCUCCGACGGCAGAUGCUCUGUACAAUCUUCGGAUGGACCAAGGAGGCCGAGGACCUGGUUCGUGAUGAGAUGAGCCGCCACCCACAGGGAACGCCCAGCAGAAUCCUGCUUGCCAAAUGGUUGGGAGACAUCGACCCCGACAUCAUGACUGCGAAUGCUGAGAACAUGACGUCUUCGGAUUGGAUGCUUCUGGCGUUGAGCGGCAUAGGUGGCACAGCAGCACAGCACAAGCUGGGUCUGGCGUACGUUCAACGACUACUCGAGACCGGCGAUAUUCACUCGGCAGUGACGAUCAUGAUUGGAAUGGGUGACCAGACUGAUGCGAUUGAGGUGUACAUCUCUCACAAGAAGUACCUCGAGGCUUUGAUCCUGACCUGUCUCUUCUUCCCCUCAGUGUGGGAGCGGCAAGCACAGAUCGUGAAGAAGUGGGGAGAAUGGGCUGUCCAGCAUGGACACCAGCAAUUGGCGAUCCGAUGUUUUGCCUGCUCUGGCAAGGAGUCAGAUGAACCUUGGACCUCACCGUCCGCACAGCAGAUGACGUUCCAGAGUAUCAAUACAGCCGUGAACCCCAGUAUCCCUGAAGUCCUUAGCCCUCCCCUCUCACCACCCGGCUUGAACCGCGGGCCUCAGCGAAGCAUUGCUAAGACAUCUGCACUCAAGCUCAUCACAUCGUUUGGAGACCAGAACUCCAAGUCAAAGUUCUUCUCAACCAACGAUGGCGGGCAGACACCGAUCGCAGCUGGCGUCACUCCCAUUGCCGAGUCGGCCAUCUCGCCAAGGGCGGAAGACAUGACGACCGCCUUCCUCAGGCCCUCUAAUCGCAGUGCCUUCAACACGCCGACGACGGCGCGCUCGCAGACCAGCAACUUCGGCCGCGGAAGGCUUCCUUCUAUCGGAGAGAUGCCAAGCGAUGCUAACCUGCGCAGCACUGCGAAGAAGUCCAGCGCACAGCCUCCCCAAGGAAUCGAUGCUCUCACUCCACCAAUCGACUCUCCUGCCCGUCAAGGUCACAGGAGCAAGAAAUCCACCGACGAAGAGUAUACCGCCAUGGGCAUGUCACUGGAAAGAGCAGCUACAGCCAGCCCCAUGAUGAUGAAGAACACGCACCGCAGGAAGGAGGCCCCACCGCCUUCUCCUUCGCCAGAUUCCCUAGCUAUACUCAUGCAAAGUGGCCGGAGGAGCCGCAAUGGACCCCGCGAGCGCAUGCCCAGCGGACUGGAACUGCAGCUCCAAUCUCUGGACAACGCCGUGGGCAGCGAUGUAACCUCGCCUGAGCAAUCGGUCACGUCGUCGACUCGCUUCCACUGGCCGACUAGACGCCGUGCGCCACCUUCUGUUGCCAGCUCCACAACUUCUGCUUCUGCUGCCUCGAGCGUUGCCAGGGGCCCCCGAGGUCAUCAAGGUGGGAAAAGCUUGGACGACUACAUCAGCAGCCUUGAGGCAGCCAAGACGAAGUCCCGCGGCGGUAGCCGGGAGGGACGCAACAAGACCCGUGACGGCAGCGCAACACGCAAGGGAGGCUCUCGUGAGCGAUCUGGUGACCGGGGCCGUACGGCUUCUCGAGGCUACACGCCCAGAGCUGGCAAGAGAUCUCCAACUUCUCCGGUCCCAAUGUCACCGGAGGAUUUGCUCAAUCUGAGCACUCCUAAUUUUAACUCGACCAGAUAUGACGAUCGAGGUCGAGAAAUUGAAGAGCCUGCGACUGUCCGUAAGGCGAGCACUGUUCGAGCUACCUCUAGAAGUCGUCCUCGUCGGGGCGAGAGCCGUGACGACAUGCGGCCUGCACCCCUCGAGAUUCCUCGCGGCCGCAGUAAUGAUCGCCAAGGCUCAGGAGCACGAUCCCCUUCGUCACCUCUUCCUAUGUCCGCGGGCGUUCAGCACUACUUCGGGUCCGAGGACGAAGAAGACUACAGGAGGGCCAAAGAGGACCAGGCCAAGUUCCGCAGCAGGAAGGCCUUGUCACGUGGCGGCAGCAAGUCCCGUGAACCUUCUCCCGGUUUGCCGAUGACACGCGAAAGCUCCAAGGCUAGGGAGCCACAGGAAACCAGAUCUCGUACCCCACGCGUUGAGUUCGCAGUUUCCGGGCGCGGAGACCUGAAAGCCAUCAAAGAUGAGCGUCAGCUUAAGAAGGAGGCCGCAGCCCGUGAGCUUGAGGAGCGCCGCAAGUCUCUCGCCAAGCGCCCGCUCGCCCCUCCCAUUCCUCACCCGGAUGAGCUGUCCCCAUCAUUCCCUGGUGCGAGCAUCCAGCGCGCGCCAACUGCUUUCGAGCUUCCCAGCACGACUUUCGUCCAGCCCAAGGAGCUGCCGCCUCGCAGCCGUACCGCGGAGCCCGAUAAGCGAAGCAUGUACGCUCAACAGCCGACCCGCCCUUUCAUCGGUCUCCCCGCCACUCCCAAGGCAAUGCGACUGGUCAUGGAGGGCCAGAAGGACAUCAGCCCUGACGAACCUGUCCCGCCCAUCCCCACGACUUUCGCUCAGGCCGAGUCGCCCAGGUCACGACAGAAUUCCCCGCAGAAGGAAACCAGUUCCCCUCAGGCUGCGGAAGGCCAGAGCCUUCUCACUCUGCUCCCUUCCACUGUCUAUCAGCCGCCAUCUCGACCGGGUAUCCAGCGGUGCAUGUCCGCACCGCCGGAGGAGCCGGUUGCGCCCCAAGCUCUUCAAGGUGACGGCAGUUUUGGCCACAGCAGGCUCACCAGGGGCCAAUCUCUCAGGAAAUUGAGCACACCCGAUGCGCAUUCGGCGCACAAGUACAACCGCACUAUUGACGGGGUCAUAGAUGACAACCUCGUCGGCAGAAGCAGCCACUCGCGCCGCACUUCGAACGCUGACCAGAUCCCGCCGCCGCCGCCACCUCCUCCAGUCUUGAAGGAAUUGCAGCACCUGGCCAUACCACCCCCACCACCGCCCGCACCUCUCCCGUUCGCGCACGGCGGCAAGCCACCCGUCGUCUAUGGUGCCUCGGGCACGAUCGAAAUCGUCAUGGACAACGAUGACUCCUCGCAGUCCGAGAACAACCAGAAAGUCCAGCCCCUCUCUGAGACUACCGUCCCCGUGAUUGCCCCACCCAAUCCGCCUCGCGGACACCACCGCGGCCGCAGCAGCGUGGACAACAGCAUCGCGGGGCGCAUCUCGCGCGCUACGGAGAGGAUGAGGAGCGGAAGCCGGAGCCGCAACAACUCGAGUGUCGUCAGCCGGACCAAGUCCCCGAUCGAGAGCGCGGGCCCAGCACCCUACGAGAGCAUCCCCUUGCCACCAAAGGGCCCGCCAGUCAGCUUCCACAACCGCGAGCUCAAGUCGCCCAUUGACGGCAGGACGAUGAGGGAGGAGUUCGACCUGAGCCAGAAGAUGAUCUGA